AUGUCAAAUGAGCCAGUGACUCCUCCUAAGAAAAGUAUGUCAGAAAGAACAAAAAAGAAGAUCAAAUAUUACAUCACAAAGGCGAUUAAGAAAUGUGGUACAAAACCAGUCCGUGUUACCAUACAUAGGCGAAAUAAGGCGCCUUGUGUGCUGAUGCUAACACGAAAUGAAGAAAACAAGAUACAAACGCAGGUGAUACAAACAUGUUGA